ACUUAACAAUGAAGCUGGAUCGGAGUUGAGUGCGUGUACCAUAGCACUUAUAGUGCGCAGUCGUGUUGCCGACUCAGGAGGCGUGGCUAGAAUAGACUAUUCUUGUAACGUCAGUGUUGGUAGAUGAGCGUAGGCUCGGGAGGGGGAGGUGUGUUUGCGAUGUAUGUACGUAUACCGCACACACACGCAGUCUACCACAUAACGAUGACGAGCCGUCGCUACGUCGGCCUUUCUGUCUCUCUUUAUUUUUUGUUUUUAUUGAUUUAUCCGCUUGUUUUGUUUUGCCUGCGUAUCUGGCUGCUUCCCAAUCAUUUCUACGUGAGCAAUGUUAUGUUGUAAACCAUCAAUAAGCUGACUGACGACAAUGACGAUGGAUCUCGCCAUUACUGAUGAACAAAAGGCCGAACCAGAAGCAGAGUUCAAAGCCAAAGGGCAGAGUAACAAGGAUGUAUUAGAUCGCUUCACAGAUAAUGGUGGUACAUUUGACAUGAUCGUCAAACCAAUGUUCCAAGCAGGCCACGAAGGUGAAUUAUGUAGCUGGCUGAGAGAAGCUGGCUUGAUGAGAUCAAGUAUGAACUGUCGCACUGAAACUUGCAAUAACAGAAGUAUGACUUGGGCUCCAGCAAGAUCUGUUGACAAAUAUUGCUGGAACUGCACCGAAUGCAAGAAGAGAGAAACAGUCAGAGAUAGUUCUUUUUUUAUGCAAAUCAAAUGUGAUCUCAAGUUGUGUAUGCAAAUCAUUGUGGCUUGGUGUCAGUCUCAUCCAUGUGAUGUAGUUGAAAGUUAUUUAGGGAUUAAGCAUCAUGUAGUUAAGAAAGCAUAUGAUAGAUUAGCAAAAGUUGCUGAAAAAUAUGUUACAAAACAUAAAGACGAAUGGAUAUUUGGAGGUUCAGAUAAAAUUUUAAUAAUUGAUGAAUUUCCUGGUGGAUACAUGACUGAAACAUUGAAUGCUCCAGUAUACAAAAAACGUAAUAACAAUUGCCAUACAAUGCUUUGCAUAGCUGAGGUAGAUAUGGAUAUGAAACUGUUCCAAAUUCCACCUAAAAUGUGGAUGCAUAUUAUUCAAGCUAAUCCAGAGCCUCCAUCCUCUAAAAAUGCAAAGACUCCAAAACCGAUUACUAAAUGUGGUAUGGUUGAAGAAGCUUUAAAAGAAAUUUGUGCUCAUGCAAAACCUGGCAGUUAUCUUCUAGCAAAUCAGCGAGCUAGAUGUUGUAAUUACGAGUCACUUCAAGAAUUAAAAGAAUAUAGAGUGAUAUGUAUAGAAGAUUUGCAAAUAUAUGAUACUCCUGGUAAAAAUGAACUUCUAGGAAACCUAAAAACUAUAUGGCAGACUGGAUUAGGUGUUUGUGAAGAGAUACAAGAGAUGAGUCGUUCGUUAGGACAGUUAACCCUUUGUGUACAUUUAUGGAGACAAAGGUUUGCACAAUCAUCUGCAGUUGCUUUUGAACGCAUUAUUCAACACAUUGCUGAAUGUUUUCCACUAAGUUAAAUUCUAAUGAAGGUAUAAUUUAUUGAAGAGAAAUCUAUAUACGAUAUUCAAAUAUUUUUUGAUAGAUUUAAUAAGAAAGAGUUGUAAGAGAGUCUUCCAAAACUAUUUUCUAUCAAAUGCACAACUAAAUAUCUCAUAAGUGCCUGACGAUGUAUCAAUGUAAUUGUACAUUGCAAAUGACUAUUGCUGUUGCAAGGCAUUUGACCUUUUUUAAGAUUACAAAAACUAUGUUUGCCUUAACAAUUAGUAUAUGAGGUGUUAAGCCAAGGAGGUUAAACAUUUAUAACAUUUUCUAUUAUUCAUUUAUAUCAAAGCUUUAUGUUUUAUCACAAUAAAUACUUCGUUAAUUGUUAUCUUAUCUACGUUGGUAUUAAAAAAAGUAUAAUUUAAAUUUUUAUAAAGUUUUAUUAUGUAAAAAUAAUUGAUUUUUUCUCUUAAUAUCACAACUUGAAUGUAUUUUCAAAAAGAAUGAUAAUUACUACCUUUUCUUCUGUUCAUACUUUAUAAUCAGAAUAUAAUAUAAUUUACAAAGAAAGCACAUAAUAAAAUAAGUGCAAUUGAAAUUAAUAUUUAAUAAAAUGUUGUCAAACAUAUGCAUUAAUUGAUCUAACAAAGUUAUAUAUAAGUUGAUGACCAAAGUAGCAAAAAUAUAAUAUCAUAUAUUUAAGGUAGACAUGGAAAAGGUACAAAUACGUUAAUUUUUUACAAACACAAAAUAGUAUUGUAAAAUCAUUAAUUUAAGUUUAUUUCAUAUUUUAAAACUUUCAGAAAGUAUAAAAAAGUUUACGGGUUUGUUAAAAAUUCAAUUUAACCUUUUUUUUAUGUUAGAUUAUAAAUUCAUGUGUCAAUUAAAUUUUCUACUGAUAUGAGUAUGUGAGAUUGAGGUAUGAUCUUGUGCCUUAAAUGAUAUAUAACCAAUUAAGCAAUUAAGCAAUAACAUACUAUAGAUAAGAAAAGUAUAAUGUGUGUUUUA